UCGAAGAAGUAAACUCUACCCACAAUUACAUGGAAUAAGACUGAAAAAUAAGAGUGGGAGGCGAGGAAAGAGGCAGAAAGGACUAAAUAGUUGCAUGGGAGUCGCGGCGGUCACGGCACGCAGCCCUGGACGCAGCGGCACCAGUAAACAAAUGGGUCGAAGGCGGCCACUAUACAACUAAUUACUGAUGGACGCCGGAAUUUGACACCUAUCUCCCUGAUUUCCCACGUCCUCUCGCCCUCUAGAGGCUCCCUGGACCACCGAGGAGAUGGCAGACACACUAGUGCAGUCCAAUCUGGAGAAAAUAAGCAGCUUCCUGCAAGAUGUGCAGUACCGCUCCCUGAUGAUCAACAGUGCCAACUACAAUGUUCGGCUCAUGAGGGAACGCAAGACCCGCCUCCCAUUUCUUGAUUCACAGACAGGAAUAGCCCAAAAUCCAUGCAAGCUGUACAUGAGUGCCCGGCACCGCAUGCCGGGCACCACCGAGGGCCAGCUCUAUGUGUACCCGUCCCAGCGCUGGUGCUGUCGGAAACGGUCUUACAUGGCGCUCGCCCACCAGCACUGGCUCUUGAAAAAGGCCAUCAAGGAGCCUGAGGGGGAUGAGCACACCAUCGUGACUGUUGAGAACCCAGCAGCUGUCACCACUGAGGAGAACAACUUUGCUUAUGAGGUGAAGCACCUCUGCUUACCUCAGGAGCAGUACUACUUUGACGAGUCAGCAUUUCUGGAGGAGGAGGAUGAAGAACCUGAUGAUGAUGAUGAUGACACAUACUCCACUCGUGCUGUCCCCACCAGAAAGAGGAAAAAGCCCCCAAAGCUGCCCAAGCCUGUUAAAGUGAAGACUCCAAGUGGGCGAGGACGAGGCCGCAAGAAGGACACUCAGCCUAAGGUGACAGCAGAGGGGGAGGAAGAGACACCAGGGAAGCCCUACGAGUGCCAGCUGUGUGGCGCUCGGUACAAGACGAGGCAGGGCUUGUCCUACCAUCUCUCGCACACACACAAAGGGGGCAGGGCUAACUCCGGGGGCGGGCGUUCCCGGGGGGGCGGCAACAGCAACAACAACACUCCAAGUGCCCAUCCCAGGGCUGAUCCAGCCAGCUACCAGCCCCAGGCCUUCCAGUCUGAUGCCCUGGCUGGCCUGGCAGAAUUUCAGGACAGUUACCUUGGCUACCUGUCGGCCGGUCAAGACGCCUCACCCACGGGCCAGGGUGGGUCCGGCACUACUAGCACCGCCAGCAGUAGACGGUCCAGUGGGGGCGGCCUAGUUGGGGCAGGGGUGCCUGUGCUGGGGGGCAACAGCUCUCCGGUGGCCUCCAGGGGUGGCAAGGUUCCCACCUCCACCGUCUGGUCCAGUCUGGCCAGUGUGGAGUCAGCUGCCUCCCUGGUGACCUCCACCCCUGCCCCGGUGGUCACCCCAACCCCUGAGCCACAGCUGAGGGAGUCGAGCCCUGCUGGUCUGACCCCUCAUGACCCAGAACAGCAGCUUGGUGUGGCUCCAGUGCCGGCCCCGCCACACCCCCCAAAGUCCAGUGGAGUGGAAAAGGGCCGAGCUCAGCCGAGUCCUUACUGCGACUUCUGCCUCGGGGACACAUCACUCAACAAGAAAACUGGGGAGUCGGAGGAGCUCGUAUCUUGCUCUGACUGUGGCCGCUCGGGACACCCAACCUGCCUCCAGUUCACCGCUCAUAUGAUGAUCUCAGUGAGGCAGUACAGAUGGCAGUGCAUUGAGUGUAAAUGCUGCACCCUCUGUGGCACUUCAGAGAAUGAUGAUCAGCUUCUCUUCUGUGAUGACUGUGACCGAGGCUACCACCUGUACUGCCUGCGGCCUCCCCUGCAGGAGCCGCCUGAGGGUGAGUGGUCCUGUGACCUCUGCCUGCAGCAGUUCCACACCAAGUGAAGCUGCUGGUGACCGAGGCACAGGCACCAGGCAUUGCCGUGAGGAGGACCAGUGUGUUGCUCUCAACCUGGCCUAGCUAGAGUUAAGUUCUGACAUUUGCUAUUAAAAAUUAAGGUUUUAAAGUUUAAGCUUGAUAGUAAUUCAUUUUAUGGUGUGGAAAUGAAUAAUGUUACAAAUAAGAGAUACAUGCACUUUAAAUAUUUCUUUGUAAGAAAUUUCAGCCCUGCAAGACUCCAUAGUCUUUCAAUAUAGUGAUCUGAAUGAGAAUUGUAGCAGUAAGAGAAGAGAGUUUUGUCUUGCAUGACUGCCUCUUCAGGGUGUGUGUUGUGCUGCUGCCCACAACACAGUCUUCCCUGUGUCUCCCUGUGGCCUGGAGACAUGCUGUUCACUCUCAUCACAGUGUUUGAUGAUGCACACCAAUUGGCUAUGGUAGUCAGUCAGUUAGUCUGUAUGAUCAUAAAAUUUGAAGCUACAUUUAUGUCUGCAUGUCAUUUAUGGUGCAGUAUUUAUUUGUGAGAUGGUGAGAGCUUUUAUCAAUUUUUAAAGUUAUUUAUAAAGUUGACUUCAUUCACAUGGCCAUUUUUCACUGUCUUAUGAGCCAGUCAGCUCACUUGCCACCUGCCCUGUGACUGCCACAAAACUGUAGUGUUGUGCUGAACAGGUUGCAGAUAGGAGACCUAUUUUUUGUUUAUUUGCUCAUAAUCUCAGCGGUAUCUGGUGCAAUUUCAUGAUAUACUUGUCCGAGCGUGUUUUUGAGAUGCUCCGAAUUACCGUAGUGUGUGAUUAUGUCUCUUGAGAGUGCUGAUGCUGUACCUUUAUUGAUGAUCCAUGCAGCAUGCUGAGUGUCUCUUAGUGAGUGUGUGGAAGACCUUAGUUUUUUCUCCACCUGGUUUUGUCUCCUUUUGGACAGAGCCAAGCAGAUUUUAAGCAAUAUUUUUCCUGUUUUUAUUUUCAAAGCAGUUACAAAAGUUAUAAUACUUAAAAAAAUAUUGUGGAAGGGUGGGCAUAUGAUGUCAUGUUUCAAAACAACAUUGCACAUGAAGAUGCUGAAGAAGAUACAUGUAGUGUCAAAGAUAAGAGAGUGAAGUUAGUACAAGAAAUUAGGUCAAGAAUACCCUUGUGUAUCCAUAAGUUUUCAGUAGCUUUUUUGGUGCAGAAAUGCAGCAAGAAUUUCUGAAUGAUACUACCAAUGCUUUAGGAUUUUUUAAAUUGUACAUAUAUAUCCACAAAGGCAUAUUAGAUUAUAGAGUUAUUAGCCAGAGUUUAAGCUCUAAUGUGAAUGAUGAAGCCUGGAGUGUUGUGUGUGAUUGUAGUAGUGAUGAUGAAAGGCUGAAGUGAAGUGCUGGUGGUGAGGGGUGGUGUUAAGCUCCCCAGUCACCAGGUGUACUGAGGAGGGAGGCGGCAGCAUGCUUUAGUGUGAGAGAGUUAAAGUCAUGUUAACAAGAAAACAUAAUGGUAUCUUCAACAUUUUAGCUUGAUAUUUUUGUUUGUUUGUAAUGUUACUGGAAAUUAGAAGUGGCCUUUGUACUGCAGUGGAGAGGGUGGAGCUGCUGAGGAGGAAGUGUAAUGUAGAAAAUGUACCAGCGUGAAUGUUUUACAGGUGUUCCUCAACUUUUAUAAGGUUUACAUUCCUGGAGACAUUAUCGAAGUUGGGUUGUGACGAAACUGUAUAAUAUUUAUGUCUCCAAAAGUAUAUGCAGCAUAAGCAUAGCUACUUUGUAAAGAAUUACUGUGGUGCACCAAGUUUCAUAUUCAGUCAGUUCUACAAAUAGUGUGUGGAACUUAAGUCUGUGAGAGCUGGGCAAUGAGCCUGUGGAUAAAAAGGCAAUUGAUUCAGGACGCCUCUAAAAACUUGCCCAAAUACUUUUUAAUACCUGAUAAGGUGCACAUAUUUUCUUCAUAAUUUCUAGAAAAGUCUCACAUUUUGGAAGAUGAAGGUAGUGGUUAACUUUUGUGGUUAACAGGUCAAAUGGAUGUCCUGUGAUGGUACAUCAACACUUCCCUGUUACAAGUGGUUUAUACCAGUAUGGUGUGCAAAAAAAUGUGUAUAUAAAUUUAUUAAUCUUUGUAAUAAUAAGUAAAAGUCAAGGAGGAUGGACAUGCUCUAGAUGUGGCUUGAGGAUGGCUUGUUUUGUGAAUGAUUUUUAUUUUUUUAUUUAUUUUAUUUUAUAUUUUUUUUUACUUUGGCAAUUCAUUUGACUAUUUAAUAUCAGUCCUAGAUUUGGACAGCAAAAAAUGUGUCUCUACCUCCAAUUGGUGAAGAGCCAUUCUGAUGUUAUGGCUAUAUUAAUGAAAAUUAUAUGAAUAGAUGAGGUAAAUAGUCAAAUGUAAAGUGACAACAACAUUCUGUGUGAAUGAAACUGAUAUUUUUGUGCAAAAGUCUAACUAGAAUAUUCAUAGGAUGUCAUGAAACAGCCCCAUUAAUUGAAAUGCUGUGAAACUUUGUGCAUCACUGUAGACCAAAAACUAAUUAUGGUAUAAAGGUAGAGCAGAAAUUGUGAAUCCUGUGCUUUAAUCGCUGUUGGGGUAAAGAGCUUGAAAAGCAGCACAGUAACAAUGAGCAGCACUGUGCACUGUUGUCCUGGAAGUGUUGUGGCACACAACUUCAUAAAGACACUUCUAUUUUUUGUGUCAUAUUUUUCUGUUAAGUUAACUCUUUGCAUGCCAAGUGAUUUGAAAGCCAGGAACUUUAUCAAAAGAAAUUAUGGAAAAGAAUUUGUGCUCGUUAAUAUAUGGAAUUACCAUUAAUUAUUGGGUGACAUUGAAUGUGUUACGUGCUAGUAUAUUGCUGAUACUAUAGUAACACACACACAUGCAAACACAUAUAGACAGAAGAGAGAGUGAUUUUCCUCACAGGAAUUGUUCUCAGAGCUGCAUAAGAUGAAAACUGGAGUACAUAAGCAACCGUAGAUCCUGGUUGUUUUGGAUCAGCCAUACUUCACCCCUGUUAUGGGUGUUCUUGGAGCUGCCUAAGAGUAAGAAGUUGAGGGAUGACCUAGCAGCCCUCCUGCUUAGCUGUGGGAUGGCAGGUUGAAGGUACAAACUAUACAGUAUGCUCUCAUAAGGUUGUUGAUAGAAUAGACCAAUAUUAUGUAAGUUUGAAUGGACACCAACAGACAGUCAACACAACCAUUGCAAGUAGGACAGUUUUGUGUGCAUCUCUUGCCACUUAGUCAUUUUGGUUCACCAGGGAAUGGAUUUUUUUGCAUGAUUACUGGGUUUUUUGUUGAUGGUGCCAGAAGUGAAUGGUUCAUGUGCAGGGUGUGAUUGUGCUUGGUUGGAUAUCUGCUGACACAUGGGAUGAGUAAGGACUCUGAUGAGUCAAAGGACAAGGAGUGUGUUAGAUAAGCAGCAAGAAGUAUGCUGCUGUGCAUAAAGUGUGCAUAAAGUUUGAAAAUAAGUGUCAGGUUAUUCUGUAUAAUUGUGAUUCAGUGUGGAAAGAGGAUAAAGCCAGUGAAUAUGUAUGUGGUGUUAUGUGGUGCUUGACAAAAAUUGGAGAGUGUUGCUGAUGCAUCUUACCUGGUGUAAGGAGUAAUGGUGCCUGUACAUGAAGGGGAGAGAAAAAAACUGAAGAGAUUAAUAUAUAUAUACUGUGUGUAUGUGUGCAUGCAGGAGUGAAAUAUGAAAAAAAGAUAAGGUAAUAUUAGUCUUGUAAAUCUAUUCUUUGUGAAAGUGAGAUCUUACAAAAUUCAGGACCCAGUCGGCUAACUUGUUCUAAAGAAAAUAAUGUCAGUCUUGGAUAAUGAAUGAUAAAUGAGGAGUUUUUAUGUUAUUUAUUUAGGAUUUUAUGAGUGACCAGAAGAGCCUUACAGUUUCUUGAGAAAAGUACAGAAGAUGGUGUGACAAAUUGCUUUUCACAGAAGGUAGAAAGGGAAAUACACUGAGUCAUCUACAUAGGUGUGAGCAGCUCAUGUCAGAAGAGUUCCUCUCACUCCACACUGCUGGGAGAAAGGGAAAGGCAGAUCAGGAAUGAAUUGAUUUUGUUUAGUGAUCAUUGGUGUGUAUGAUGGCAUGGAGAGAUGAGCAUAAUUUUUUACUGUUUUUGUUGUGUAGAAGCUGCAUAAUGUUUGGUAGACAGCCCAGCAAAGUAGUCUUUCUGUACAAGUUGACUCCCCUUUUGUUACAAAGGUGAGAGGAGGUUUGGCCAAGUGUGGGUGUGUUCUGUUCUGUGUUCAAUAUAACUGAUGCCUGGUUUUAUAAAGACAUCAUAGCUAUAUAUAUCCUUCUUGCUGUAGUUGUUAUGAUUUUACAUUACUAAGUUGAAAGUGCAUUGUUAGGCAUGUUCUGUAUUCAAUGGCCAAACAAGAUAUUUAAUGACCAGACCAGGCAGGCUGUGGUGGUGUGUGUAGCCUCCAACCUUGACAGCCACAGUGCCCUGGUUGUUUGUCUGGUCUUAGUGUUGACAUCCAGUUAGUUUGGAUGCUUUACAUUGUGCAAUGAUCAUUAAUGUUCCAGAUGUGAUGUGGGGGAGCUGUGGCCCUUCCAUUGUGUGAUGGCGGAGGGCCACAGUACGCCAAAAAAAUGUAUUUUUGUCAUGAUAUUUAAUUCCAUGUUUAUUGAUAUGAAGACGUUUAUGUAGUAUAUAUAUCGUAGAAAGACUCUAUUUGCUUUCAGUUUUUGUCAUCAGCUUAAGUUCUAGGCAGCAGAAUAUGCAGUCAUUGCCACCAGGAUCCAUGUGCAGCACUUACUGACACCAACAGGAGAGGCAUGCUGUCACACCAGCCAGACCACAAGUGGACUUAUCAUUGAAGUACAACAUUACUAUUUUUGGAGAUGUCACUGUUAAAGCUACUGUGUGGACUCCAAUUUUGCAGAUAAUCAGCAUUCUAAAUUUUCCAUAUUUAAGGUAUGAACAGUACAUUAACAUUAAUGUUUUCAUUCAAUUUACAAUUUGUGUGUUAUAUGAAUAUUGUUGAUAAGGUUAACAGUUCUAGUUGAGGCUUCAGAUCCUAUAUGCCUUCAUUAAUUAUUGAUGUAUUCUGCUGUUAAGAACUAUAGCUCAGGACAUGUUGUUAAUUUUUGUUGUAUUUUAUGAAUCUUCCAAGGUGUUACCCCUCAAGGGUCUGUGGGGCCUCUCAUGGCUUGUUCCUCCCUUGAUGAGAAGAGAGAGAGAACUCCAGAUAGUAGUAAAGAGAUGUUGAUAUUCAUGGCCAUCAGUCUACAAACACUCUUUGUUUGAUAAUGGAUUUUAAAGAAUAAUUAUAUACAUUUUUCCAGUAAUCAAGACAAGUGCUUAUGUAAUAUUGAAGCAUCAUCACACAUUGGCCAGUAAUGCUUUUCCACCACCCUCCACAGACCCAGGGUGAUACACCUUAUUUCUUCUUUUUCUUUUGUCUUAUUGAGGAAUGUUGAAAUUUUAUUGUCUUUCUCAAUAUGUUUCUGGCUCCCAAUUGUUGCAAUAGAAGUGAAUUCAACACCCAAGUUGAAUGACACAAGGCUCGUGUACUGGAAUCUUCAAGUUUUCAUGUCUUUUUGCAAACCAAUUAACAGGCACCACAGCACUAUAACUCUUAAGCUUUGAUUGUAGUUAGAUCCAUAAGUGAAGCCUCAGCCACAGUGUCCACAACUGUUACUGUUACAGGCAGUCGUGUAGGUUAUAAAAGCAGGGGUCACUUGCUCACUGCACCAACGCUGUUCCUCACUCAUCACUACAUACCUGCUUAAAUGACACUAUAGUGCUCCAUUUGUUCUUAUUUCAUUUGAAAAGUACAAACCAAGGCAGUAACAUGUAAGUUUUGAGCACAUUUUUCUUUACCUUGGUUUUCAAGCAGUGUAUGAAAUUUUAAUCUUGCUUAAUAGAAAUUUAUGAUUAGUGUGCAGAGGGAGAGAUGUGCACCUAAUUCAAUCAUGCUUUUAAAAAUUUGCAAGGUAUGUCAGUCUCUAGGAUAGAUUAUGAAGUAGUGAUCUGAGUGAAGCAAGUAGUGUUGGUAGAGUUUUUGUUGGUCAAGUGACCCAUUGCUUGAACUUAUCACCUGUACACAUUGCUUUCUUUAAUGUUUCAUCUUGGAGUAAGGAACUGCUGCCUCAAUCCACCACAGUACUGAUCUUUCACAAGUCAUCACCCAGCCAUCUCUUGCAAGUUACCACCCAGCUAUCUCAAUCUUGCCCUUACGUAAAGAAAUCGUCCUGAAUCCAGCGAUACUCAUUUACCUAUACCAACAUUUCUUCAAGACCUGCUUUGUUAUAUCAUGUAGAAAGUACUGUGAAAUGAUUACUACAUCAUCUGUUGCCAUUAACAGAGUAAUAGUUUUUUCCCUUUGUUCUUUUACUCAGCCUAGAACAUGUCAAAUGUUGAUUUAUCAGCAGCAGUAUAGUACAGCUGGUUCCUUGUUCCAACCAAUCUUUCUGAUCCCCAGCCACCUCUCUGCCUCCCCUAAAGGGCUGCUGGGGUUCUGAGCCAUCAGUGGCCUAAGAUAUGGCCUUGGGAGCAGCCUUUGGGGUGAGGCUCAGAGGCUCUGCUUGUGAGAGAAAAAAAUUACUUCCUGGCUAUUUUAGUUCUUGUUCAUGGAAAUUGUGCAGCGUCAUAAUUGUUGAUGUAAUGAUAAUAAAAAUCAUCUGUAAU